AUGUCGGUUUCACACUCCCAUCAUCAUCACGGCCACGGCCACGGUCAUGACCACAGCCAUAAUGAAGAGAAUAAUCGUUCUCAUUGGGACCAAAAUGCAGCAUCAUACAACACCCGCUUCUCCAAAACCAUCGACCAGAUAAUCCUUGAAAUCCAAUCCCGCACCGACUGGAUCAACGUCGAAUGGAGCGAAUCGCCUCCCUCGUCACCCGAGAACGCUUCAACUACAGAUACAUCUCAAGAUCUCGAACCCAAACGUUCCGUACGCCUCCUAGAUUACGCAUGCGGAACAGGUCUCGUAUCACGUGCCCUCGCUCCUCUCAUUACUCAAUCCAUUGGAAUUGAUCUCUCUUCCGGCAUGGCAGAGCAAUACAACAUCGUAAUGUCAAACCAAGGCAUCCCACCAUCUCAAAUGCGCGCCGUAGUCGGGAAUCUCCUCUCCCCAUCCGACCCCUCCCCAGCCACCCUCUCAGAUCCCGAAUUCUUCGACUUCGACAUCGCAGCCGUAGGUCUCGGCUUCCAUCAUUUCUCCGACCCAGGCUUCGCUGCAAAACAGCUAGUCGCAAGACUCAAAGUUGGCGGGGUAUUGUUUAUCGUGGAUUUUCUACCACAUAAACCUAUUGCAGCGACGAUGACAGCUGAGGAUGAGCGGGAGAAUAAGAGUGAGGACAAAGGGGAGCAGACGAGUAAUGCAGCGCAUACAGUUACUCAUAACGGGUUCUCACAGGAUGAUGUGAAGAAGAUGUUUGAGGAAGCGGGUGCCGGGAAGGCAUUUGAGUAUUUGGAGAUUGGAAGUGGAAUUGUGUUUCAUGGUGUUAAGGAGGGAGGGGGGUCGAUGAAGAGGAGUGUGUUUUUUGCGAGGGGGGAGAAGGUGUGA